AUGGCUGUAACGUUGAUCGGGGAUGAAAGAAGGGACAAAGCCUUUGUAUUUCGAGACAUUGGAGGCCGGUGUUCAUCGGAUCAGCUAACAACCUUAUUCAGUACAGCUGGUAACUGCACACGUGCAAAACGCCGCAACCAACUGUAUUCUCACUGGAUGAGAAAAUCAAGGAAGCAAUUGGCCUUAUGUGCAAGAAAAACGGGGAAACAACACCUUGGGGGGAACUAUUACUAUUUGACAUUGGAGUCACCACCCACGCCUUUGAAUUGUGUGCGGCUGGCGACGUGGUCCUCAAAUGGCUGGGCUAUGUUCAUGGCUAACGAAGCCUCGGUUGGUGUUACGAAAAGCAACGCUGAAGCAACAGCGUCUGCCGUAGAACGAAACUGA